CAUCAUCUCUGCUUCAGUUCUCCCGCCGGCGAUAUCUAAUUCCCGUGAGGAAGGUUGGGUGAAUCCUCGUCAUUUGCAUAGAAAGAAAAUGGUAACGACUUCAGUUGUCAACACGUACCCACUGUCCAGCUAUACAUUUGGUACCAAGGAGACCAAAAUGGAAAAGGACACCUCCGUCGCCGAUCGCCUUGCUCGUAUGAAAGUCAACUAUACGAAGGAGGGCAUGAGGACUAGCGUUGAAGGAAUUCUAUUGGUACAAGAACACAAUCAUCCUCACAUUCUUCUAUUGCAAAUUGGGAACACAUUCUGCAAACUUCCAGGUGGACGUUUGAAACCAGGAGAGAACGAAAUCGAAGGUUUAAAAAGGAAACUGUCUAGUAAACUUGCAGCUAAUUCUCCUGGCAUUCAGCCAAAUUGGCAGGUAGGUGAGUGUGUGGCCAUCUGGUGGAGGCCAAAUUUUGAAACCAUAAUGUAUCCAUAUUGUCCUCCACACAUAACAAAACCCAAGGAGUGUAAGAAGCUCUUCGUUGUUCAUCUAUCUGAAAGAGAGUACUUCGCUGUCCCAAAAAAUCUGAAGCUUCUUGCGGUGCCAUUGUUUGAACUUUAUGACAAUGUUCAGAGAUAUGGACCUGUGAUAUCCACGAUUCCUCAACAGCUUUCCAGGUUCCAGUUCAACAUGAUCCACCCGUAGAUUAGGUUAGGUGGACAUUCAGAACCUCCUCCUGGCAUACAAUCCCAAAAAUACAUCAAUAUUUUUACUUUUCCAGUAGGCAUAUCUACCGACUUUCGUGGAUAUUUGUUUUCAACUAGCUUAUUCAUGAUAGACAUAAAUUAUAGGUGUACUGUUUAAAGCUUUGAUUGCCUGUCUGUUGUAAUGUACCAUAAGUUACAAGUUGCCAUGUAUUUCUUUCUUCGUUUUUGAAUGUUGACAUGUUAGAUGGAAUACCGCUGCGAUGUUUCAUUUGUUCACUGAGGCUCUCGUACAGAAUUGUACUUAGUGAUCUCCACAAUGGUACCGCCUCUCUGCCUCUUGAGUUUUGAGUUUAUACUCAGCAUGAGAUAUAGUUCAUUUACAUCGCUCCCUUGAAGACUCCUUUUUUAUUGGCUUCAACAGGAAAACAUUUGGAUACAUAAAAUUGUCUUAGCAUCAAGUUUCAAUGAAACUAGACUUGUAUAAUUUUAUUUUCCCUUUUAUGUAAAAGACUUAUCUUUUUGUUACUAGAGUUUAGGUGAAAUGCAUGUAUAGAUUUGUCGAGGAUUGUAAUUUAGUUAGUUGCUAUGUAAUGUAAUUUUACGACAGUGUUGUUAAAGUUUGAGCCCAACUAAAUCUACCAUUUACUUCCAACUCA